GGUCCUUGGAAUUCAUGUGGCGCGAUCUGGAAAAAUUGACAAAAAAUAUUUGCUUGUCAGGUAGCUAACGAAUUUGUCCAAAGGUAUACCGGGGAGUUCAUAUGGACAUGAACAAUGUUUUCUUUAAAACACAGCUGUUGGUUUAUUCGUAAGGUGGUAUGUUGGAGAGCUGUAGCCAGCAUUGCUUGGUCUGUGCUGCUGUUGCCAGUCACCACAGCUAUUUUUGUGUUCUUGAGUAGAUUCAGUCUACUCCAUCCGAUUCAGUGGAUAUCGGAUUCACUUGCUCUUCUGACUGCUUCAAGUACCAUUUUCUCUAUCGUUCUACUCUCUGGAGUUGUGUUGGUGAUUGGGUUUUUCAGCCUCGAAUCUUACACAGUUGUCCCUUCCAUCCCUUGCACAAGGAUUGCCCUUUUGGGGAAGGUGCUCCACCCUCGGCAAUGUAUACACUCUGUUGUGCACGCAGCGGUGGGGAUGCUGGUGUCUUGGUGUGCCGCUAUCACCAUUGGGGACAGGUACCGAGCCUUGGGCUCCCCCUGCCUUCAGUCCGAGAGUAAAGAUGCUGGCCAGAUGUGUCUGAAUGAGUACCAUCUGCUCCUGUUGCUGUCUGGAGCCUUUAUGGGAUACAGCCACAGUCUCCUUGGGGUUGUACACAACAUGAAUUAUGUGUCUUUCCCUGCCAUACAGCAAUAUAAAUACCUGCGUUUCAAAGGCUCCCUGUCUCUUGUGGUGAAAUGCAGUGCUGUGCAAUCCAUGUAUGCACUUAGGAAUUACUUAGUUCUAUACUUCUUUUUUGUACUAAUGCCAGUGCUUUAUUUUUCCCCUCUGUGCAUGACCGCUAUUGAUUCUUCAGCUCCAUUGUUUUUCUGGUGCAGGUCUCUUCACGCUCUGGACACUCUGGCUGGACUGCUGGACUUUUCUUUGCUGUACCAUCUGUGGAUUGCUGGGACAUUCCUGCUGCUAACCUGGUACAUUACCGUCCUGCUCUUCAGGAUCUAUGUCUCAGAGAUGCACAGUUUUCCAGUCCAGCCUUCGUUUGCGGAGGAAGCUGAUGGCUGUCUGCCCAAAGUCUUACUCUGCAAAGAGCCAGCCAUCAUGAAGUUCUUAGCCUUGCAAGACCUGGCUCUUCUGUCCCAGCACUCAGUCAUGAGGAGGCUGGAGGUGUUCAGUCUUAGUCAGCCAGGUGGCCACCCUCACAACUGGAAUGCCAUCAGUAAAGAGUGCCUGUCUCUGCUGACUGAGCUGACUCAGAGGCUGGUGGCUCACCACGAUGCAGUAGCCUCCAAUGGCCGUGCCAAGUCCCAGUCCAGCAGCAGCACCGAGACCAAGUCUGGAUCGUGGGGCUCAGUGUCAUCGGGGGCCACGGACCUUCCAAAGACGCCUCUUCCCAGCCACAUCCUGAAGACCCCGGGCUCCGUGUUCCUGCGCUCCUCCGUGGGGACGCUGCACAGCCCCCUGACUGCCCCCUUCACCCCCGACCUGGACAGCCCCUUUUCUUCCCCUUCCAUCCGGCGUCUGACCGCACCCCAGGAGCCCAGCUCACCCUGGUUCGGCACCGUGCAGAGCCCCCAUGUCAUGAGGAGGGGUCCCAAGCUCUGGAGCGCCUCAACAGAUUCUCAGAGUAAUGGCAGCACCAUUGCCAGUCCUGCUCCUGCUGCUGCUCCUGGCCCCAGUCCCCCUCCAGCCGAUCACAAACCCAGUUUCCUCUCCCAGUGGCUUCAGAACCGCAAGGAACAGGUGAAAGGUUUCAUGGCAAAGAGGGUGCUGGUUAUGUAUUUAUUUAACAAGCUUCCAGAGGCAACGAGCCAAGCUUUGUUUGCCGACAGCCAAGCUCACAUUUGGGCUUUAGAAGGGUUGUCCCACCUGGUGGUGGCGUCCUAUUCAGAGGAUCGCUUCGGGGUUGUGCAGACUACACUACCAAGUAUUCUUAGCACCAUGCUGGUGCUGCAAGAGGCAGUGGACAGACACUUCAAGCUGCCCCACGCAUCUAGCAAGCCUCUGAGGUCCACCUGCAGCAUGGGAGAGUCCACCUACAAGACCCUGCGCUUUGCUAUGAGGGCUGCACUCAAAACCGCCAUAUACAGGAUAACCAACACCUUUGGGGAGCACUUACAUGCUGUGCAGAUGUCCACUGAUCACAGAAAAAGGCUGCAGCAGUUCCUCGAGUACAAAGAAUAAGAUGGACUCCAUGGGAUUCCCAUGCCUAUCUGUCUGGGACCUCUGUGCUUUGUGGCCACAACUAUGUCUGUCUGUCUGUCUGUCUGUUUGCUGGCCCACACACAAAUGUGGUUAUCAAUUUUGCACCGAUGCAUGGUAUCAGUGAGAAGCACAGACAACUUGAUGAAUUACAAAUCACACAGGAGGCUGUCUGAGUAGUCCUUUGCUCCUGCUGUGGGACACUGUACCCUCUGCCUUCACAGCUAAUGAAACAUUUAGGACUCGCUGGUCAGCUAACUGGCAGCACAA